CGGUCGAUUUCCUUCGAUAUUUACUUUACUAUUUUUAACUUUACAAUAAAAUGGCUAUAAAACCUUAGGGCAAAAACCGAUCGUUUCGGCGUUUGAUCGAGAUUUUGGAAAUAAUGUCUCUGGUAGCUUAUGGUGAUAGUGAUGAAAGUGAUAUCGAGGAAGGGACAGGAGAGGAACAUCACGUAAAAAGUCUACAGGAGGAUGUAAGAUUGACAAAAAAAGAAGAAAUAUCUGAUUCAGAGUCGGACAAUGAAACGAGAAAUGAAGAUGAUGAUCUUUUUCAUGACAAAUUGAAGGCUUUGCCCGAACCAAAGCACAUACCAGCUUUUAAAGGAUUGGCAGAAAUUGAUGAACUAGAAGAUGAGGUGAAACCAAGGCCAGCAGAGCUUGCUGAUGCCCCCAAACCUCCUCGUAAGAAACCUCGCCAGCCUGUCAGGAUUACAAUUCCAUCCAUUCCAGAUCCUGAUGAUGAUGAAGGUCCCUGCAAGAAACGUUCAAAAACCAGCAACAGUUGUAAGAAUAAAAGUGGACUAUUUGCUGUACUACCGCCACCGAUUCAUGCCACCAUCAAAGAGAAAAACAGGGCAUUAAUUCCUCAUACACUGACAAAGAAGCAAGUUCCACAAGCUAUCCAUGUAAAGUCCAGCUCAUCCCCAAAGGAGGCAGUUGGUCCCCCCAAACCAGACCAACAUGACAGUGAUAGUGAGGGGGAGGAUCAACCAUCAAGUUUCUUUUCUUUGGGUUCGGAUGACAAUAGAAAAACCCUUGUAUCUGGAUUUUCAUUGAAGAAAAUGUCCCUUCCUCCUCCAGUUUCAGCUAAUGCUAAUGAAAGUCAAAACUUUAUUUCUGGGGCCUCAAGGCCCACAGUUAAUGUGACACUGAACAAUGGAGAGCCUUCAUUGUUUAGUGGGAGUACUGAUCCCCAAUAUGCCCCCAUACAAUUUAAAGAAUCUGCCCAAAAUGUGUUCCAUUCUUCCUUUUCUGAACCAAUUUCUAUGGACACUUCUACUACAGAACAGUUUGAUGAACGAUUUAUUGAAUCUGAGAGACAGAAAGGUCCAACAGUUCUGAAUGGGGAGGAGGAGUUCCAACAGUUGCUUCAGAGUGAUGAGUUCCUAAGAAUGCAAGGUAAAAAACAGAGGGGGAAAGAAGCCAUAAAUAUUGUGGAUGUCAACGCUGGUGAUUUUAUCAGCACUGUAGAUGUCACCAAGUCCUUGACAGAGGAACAACCAACUCAUUUGUCUCACAAGAAGGGUGAAGGGCCAACAUCUAAUCAAAAACGAAAACACCAGAUCACUUACUUAGCACAUCAGGCCAAGGAGCGCGAGAUAGAAUUGAAGAAUGAAUGGUCACAAAACAGACUGACAAGAAGACAGACUCAAGCCAAGUAUGGAUUUUGAGGAGAAAAUAUAACUGAAUCAUCAGUUUCUUUUCCAUUGUAACUUGUAGAAAGUGAUUUGUAUAGAUAUUCUGUAAUUUCUGUUUGAUGACAUACAUGUACAGUAAAACUUGUCUAAUCCAGAUACCACUGGUUCCAAAGAAAUUGGCCAGACACUCCAGAUUAAUUAGACAAUAUUUUAAACAAAUGAAUCUACUAAAAAAAACCAAGUUUACAUCAUAUUAGGCAAGAUUUCGGAAUACACAACAUCCGGGCUAGAUAAGUUUUACUUUACAACUUAUUUUUGAAUUAUGCUGUUGUUUGUAAAGAGCUAAGCCCAGGAAGGGUCAAAAACAGCCUCAACUCAAAAAUUAAUGUUCUUUUAGCCACAAAUAGAGUAGACUUUGAGCUUUUCAAAACUGUUUUCCUUAUUUGGAUAUCUUUUAUACUUUUUCUAAAAGAGAUUUUGCAGUAUGGCAUUGUUUUGAAAGAAAAUUGCAAGACGAACGUCAGUUUGUAACAUAACGUCAGGUAACUUCAUGGGACUAUAAAAAUAACAACAAGAUUGUAUAAACAUGAAUUGAAAUUAUAUUUUGAGGAACUGACAUUUAUUUUAUUAACAUGAUGAUUAGUUCAUGAAAAUGUUAUCUAAAAACGGCAGAUAUUGUUUUCAAAUUGUGGAUAUGAUGCAGUGACGCUAAUAAUUAAUAUACAUUUUAAGUAUACAGUGGGUCAAACGUCUGUAGGCUUGAAUGCAGUUUUGGCAAAAAAGAACAUUUUUUAUGCAAUAAAUAUUGAUGAAAUCUUAUUUUAAUUUAUUAAUUGCAUCCAAUUAAAUAUAUUGCAUAAAAUCAGCUAUUAUUUAAUUGGACAUAUUUUGAACAUGUAACUUGUUAAAAUUAAAUUCAAGCAUAACAUAUUAUUGCAAGUAAGCACAAAACAACUGUUACUGAAUUAAAUAAAAGCAUGACAAUGAUGUAUAAAAACAGUCUCAACAAUCAGUUUACUUUUGUAGUAUAUGUAUAUAUAUACACUCUAUUUUUUUUCCAAUACGUCCAUGAAAAAAAUCUUAACAAGGAAAAUCUCUUUACUUAUGUACUAUUCAAUUGACAAUAUGUGAAUUUUUAAUGAACGAUUUCAUUUUGCAUAAUAUUGUUGUAAAGAUGAACGUGAGAGAAACCUUCAUUUCUGAUAAGAAAGAUACACAUGCAUUGAUACUAAGUCUUGUAUAUAAAUAUGAUAGCAAAUAUAUACAUGUAUUGUGAAACACGUAAUUUUCUUAACAACUUAUUUUUGUAAAAAAUCAAAAAAAAAUUCAACAAAGUCUGUUUUUGAGGUAUAUAAUCUGAAAGUUUAAUAAUGCAAAUGUAUGUGGAAAUGGCAUUUUCAGGAGAAGUCAGUCCUGUUUAAUUACGCAAAAGUCAAGUUCUCUUGAAUUAAAAGUGAUUUCUAGUAGUAUUACAUGUUCAAGAAGUACAGUACAUGUAUACAUGUAAAUAAUAAAUUAAUCAUUCCUCAACCACACUUUCAUCACUUUUACUGUCAUUACCAAUCUGUGGCAUAUUGCUGGCAUCUUCCAAGUAAGCUUCCCAGUUUUGCACACCAUAUUUAAAUGUCUGUGUUAUGUCGUGCAUAUCCGAAAUACCACAGGAUGGAAACUAUAUGUGCACAGACACCGACUACCCUCGCUCCCGAUUUGAACUUGCAAUACCAAGCAGUCACUUGGAUUGUACUCAAUCCACAAAAUGUAAACAUUGGAAGCUACAUGACGACUCUGUAUUUUAACUCGAAUUAGGGAUUCAUCCUCUCGAUGGACGAAAAACUGACGGUUCCCUUCCAUAUUUUCAUGGAUAUAGUUUGAGCUCAUUCUGAUUUGUUAUACGCCACAUGUGAUGUUUCGUAGAUUUUCUUCAUUGAGCCUAGGAAAGUCUUUAAGAUUAUCACUUGGUUCUUACCACACAGCAGUGGGUUUUCCUAGGUUUUCAUCUUCAAGUCGUUGCUUUAAAGUGUUGAUCUUUUGAGAGAGAGAUAGAGCAUCUUGGCCGCCAAAGCCUCUUCAUCAUCUUGACCUGUAAUUUACAAAAUUAAUAACAAAAUGUUAAUAUUGUUACUUAAUGUCAAGAGAGAAGUGGCUACCAAUUAUAACUUAUACACUAGACAAAAUUGCUAAGUGGUGCACUGAAGAAAAUUAAUAUUUUACUUUUCAAAACUUGUUUAUGAUGUAUUUGAUAUAUAAUUGUGUUACUUAAAUAAAAAAUGAGGCAUUUAAAUGUCCUAACUGAUAAAUAACUACAAUGUUUACUGAAACGUAACCAUUUCAUAGAAAAAAUUAAAAUCGUGUCCAUACUUUUUUGGAAGAAUAAAUUUCUAUUUUU